AUGCAUUACAAGAAAUUUCAGAAACAAUCAUUUUAUAAGAACCACAGUUUCGCAUAUUCGCCGAGAUAUUCGCAUAUCAACAAGCCUUUUUUUGAAGAUCGUCCAAUUCCAACUAGAUAUUUGGAAAAGAUAUGUUUACCAAGAGAAAGCAAAAUACGGUCGAGAUCAUCAAGAAGCUCAGAAGAAGACGAAAGAUGUCAAGGAAAAUACUUGAAACAUAUUUUCAAUGCUCUCAAGAACAAAACUAGCACCGAAUUAGCAACGUUCAUCAAUAUUAAUUCAAUACCCAAUGAAAUAGAAUACGAACUUUCUUGUAUUUCGUUUUUAGAUGAACCUUCUAAAAGUGUAAUUCCAUGUGAUACUUAUGAAACGUAUACGGUGAAUACAAUAAACAAGCAAGUUGGAUGUGAUUGUUCUUCUGAAGAUGGCAUUAUUUCGAACAAUAGCCGUACUAGAGGUUCAGACCAUAUCGUCCCGAAUUUCAGAGUUGCAGUUGGAAAUGAAAAAGAAUCUGAAGAAAAGGUCGAUUUGAAUACAAACUUGGAACCCCAAAAAAACAAUUACAGUGAGGGGCAGCCAUCAAAUAAGAAGAAAUAUCAUCCAUACAGAGAAGUGUAUGAAGAGAAAGCAGAAGAAAAGGGAGGUUUUCUAAACGCAGUGCUGUCCCUAUUUAAAAGUAAAAAAGAAAGUAAAACUUGCAAUUGCGAAAUACAAUUGGAACCGAUAUUCCGAAACAACAAAUGUAAAUGUUCAGAAACUGUCGUUAAAUUAGAGAAACCAAAUAAUAAAUCGAAAGACCGAAACAUUAAGUGCAAAUGUUCUGAAACGAUAGUCAAAUUGGAUAAAAAGUUCGCUAAAAGCAAAUUGGAAAAUUUUUAUAUGUUAGACCGAUAUAAAUGUGAACAAUGCGGAUUAAUCGAUCUGGAUAAGUUGGACCAUCGGUGUCCUAACUUGAAUUUAGAUGACGAUGCUUUGAUAUCGAUGCUCAAGUUGGAGGCGAAUCAUAAUUUUAACAAUCUUGGAACUAUUCAACAGCAGUUAAAAGACCAGAUUAAAAAGAUAGACGAAUUACAUAGAAAGUACGACAGUUUGAUGAAAAUCGUAAAAGAUAAACUAUCUAGAGGAGAUCUGGCGGAUAUAUCGACUGAAACUAUGGGUACUAGAAACCAAAGUUCUCAGCUAACCUCUAGUUGCACUUGUCCACCGAAAAAGAAAUCGAGCAUAUUUGUGAGACUGUUCAAAAAAUCGAAAUGCGAUGCUAGCUGCAAAUGUUGCAUUACACCAAUACUGGACAAAUCCAAAUGUAAAUACUAUUUAGAAAAGAAAAAUUCCAAAAAGAAGAAGGAAAAGGGCAGUAAAACCAGCAGCAAAACGAGCACAGCCGAUGAGAAGAAAGAGAAGAAGAAAAGAGAUAAAGAGAAGAAGAAAAAAGAUAAAGAGAACAAGAAGAAAGACAAGAAGUAA